GGGGUUGGACUAGAAGACCUCCAAGGUCCCUUCCAACUCCGUUAUUCUGUUACCCAGCCAAGCGGCCACAGCAGUGAGAGCCGUCUCCCGAAAAAGCCAGAAGAAAGCAGAGAUUGGAGAUAGAGAGAGGGAAGUAAGAAGCUGCUGGAGAGUCGAUUCUUGCGCUGGAGACAUUGGCCAAUCUUCCCUUCCCCUCCUGCGGCUGGCCUGCAGGCUUUGCGCAGCUGUGAAUGGUGGCUUUUUCUCUUGAAUGCCGAUGAUGGUUACAUUUGGGCGACCUGAAUGCUGAGAGGAGAGAGCCGAAAGAGGAGGAGGAGGCUGGCUCCGAAGCCGUUUCGCUUUCAAGUCAGGCGACAGGGAGAUUACCCGGGGAUGAGUGUCUGGGGCAUGUCCGGGCCUGGCUGAGCAAGGGAACAGGUGUGCGGGAGGCGCACCUAGCAGGACCGUGCAGCUCCCUGCAAAGGCCCUCAGGCGGCUCAAGUGCGCCCUCCCAGCCACACGGAUCGGGAUCUCCAACCGGCUGCAGCUCUGGAGAUGCGCUCCGGCCGGGCCCGGCGUUCCCCUCUGGAGAAAGCAUCUCACCUGGGUGAACCUCUCCUGCCAGAGAUGGACUGACCCGGUCUGUGUACCUCCACUCAGAGCGAGAGCCUCGGCCUUCCGGGGAGGGCUGGAAGGAAGCAGCCACCAUGAAGAAAAUGUUCUCCUGUUCCAGCCAUCCAGUGGCGGUCGAAAGCUGGAACAAGCACGACCAGAAGCUGCUUGACGCCGUUGAGAAAGGGGACGUGACCCGGACAUCCCUUUUUGCGUCAAGGAAAACAGCCCACCCCACCAAGCUCAACGCCCUGGGUCAAUCUGCGUUCCAUGUGGCAGCUUCCAAGGGACUCACGGAGUGCCUUACCAUCCUGCUCAGCCAUGGGGCCAACGUCAACGAUAAGAACGAGGACGGCAGCACAGCUCUGCACCUAGCCACCAUCGCUUGCCAGCCCCAGUGCGUGAAGGUCCUCCUCCAGCACGGAGCAAAUGAAGACUGUGUGGAUGGAGAGAACCGUACACCUCUACAUUGGGCUGCUUUAUCCGGCUGUGCCUCCAGUGUGUUACUUCUCUGCGACCAAGAAGCGUUCCUUGAUGUCACCGAUAAGAAUGAGCGGACGCCCCUGAUGAUUGCGGCGCAGGGGAACCAGACGGCCAUCUGCUCUCAGCUGCUCCAGAGAGGGGCCAAGGUCGAUCUCCUGGAUAAGGAUGGCAAGACGGCGCUCAUCCUAGCCUGCGAAACUGGGGGUGUGGAGGCAGCUGACUUGCUUCUGCAGAACGGAGCCAACGUGGCUUUGAUGGACCAGACAGGCCACGAUGCCGUGCACUACGCCACGCGGAGUAAGAACCGGAUUCUCCGGAGACAGGUCCGGACUGCCUUGAAGAAGUGGAAAAAACGAGAACUGGGGAUAUUUGAUUCGUCAGAAACUGGUUCCCAGGUGCCCUCGGAGAGCGGGAGAGAGACCGACGUGAGCAGCCUGGCCUUCCCGAGCGAGGCGGGAGACCAGAGCGACAACGAAGAAGAGGCGGAGGAAGGCCCCGAGUUACGGGAAUGGCGGAGCCGAUUCCGGGAGGAAAAGAUGAAAGUGAUCCAGCUGGAGCUGCAGCUGGACCAAAAGACGAAAGAGUGCCAGGCCCUCUCCAUGGGGAGCCAGUCCUUGAAGGAGAAGGUCUGGGACCAAGUGCAGGAGAUCAGCCAGAUCCUGCCGGAUUGGGAGGGCCGGAAUCGCAACUGGCGGCAGCCGAGUCAGCGCCACAGCCACGACCACAUGGAGGAGGACCACUGCCUGGACCUUCUGGCCCAGCAAGUGCGAGAGCUGAAGGAGAGGAAGAAGCAGCAGGAAGCAGAGAAGGAGCUGCCCAAAGCUUCAACCCAAGAGGUGAUGGCCAGUCCCACCAGGCUCCAGCCUGGGAGGGUCCAGUGGCCUGGCGAGGAGGAGGCGGAGGAGCUGAAGCGCCUGCAAAGUGAGCUGCAGGCAGCCCUGGAGGAGAAGGCCAGCGCGGCCAGGCGGGUGGAGGAGAUGGAGGGGCACAUGGAGAACAUGAGGGCCGUCAUCGGGGUCUUUGAAGCCAAGAAGAAGUCGCAGAGCGCGGCCCUCAAGGAGAUGGAGGCCCGGGCGCUGCGGUUGGGCGACGAGAACCAAAAGCUCCGGGGACUCCUGGGAAAACAUCUGGCCGGGCCUCCCGAGAGCAGCCUUGCCCGGGCGAAGGUGGCCCAGUGCAUGAAGGAGAUGGAGGAGACCCAGGCCCGGGCCCGGGAGGAGAUGGCGGCCAUGCUGGCCGAAAACGAGGACCUGAAGAAGGAAGCCGAGGAGGCUGUCCGCAGCAGGCUGCAAUUCCAAGCGGUGCCAUCCGGCGCGGUAAAGAAGUGCAUCUCGGCCUGGAAGAAGGUGGUCGCCGGCCUGGAGGGGGCUCUGGUCAAGCUGGAGCAGGCCUGUACUGCUCUCCUGGACAAAGCCCGGCCUUUGCAGGAAGCCAUUUUGGAGUCUCCUUCCAAAACCUUGGUCAACGGCAAUGGCCUUCCUGAAGAAGAGAAGAAUGGUUGUGGUCACGAGCCGGGCCACUUGGAGACCCCCGAGGAGCUGCAGAAAAGUGGGGUAGAAAAGCCCCAGCUCCAUAACGGUCUUGUGGGGCAGGUGAAACUCAGGCCGAAAUCUGAGGUGAUGGAAAGCAGGGCCCGUCCGUGCCGGAGAAGCUCUGACCUGGAGAAGGAGGUGUGGGACCUCAAGCAGAACAACGGUGGCCUGGUACAAGAAUUGGCCCAGCUGAGCAGGGAAAGGGAGAAGCUUCAGGAAGAGCUUCAGAAGUUACAUGGCCCCAAAGAGAGUUCUCCUCGGGCGGAGAAGACCGAGCGCCUGAUGGAAGAGCUGAAACGGACCGUGGAGUUCCUGUCCCACGAGCUCUCGUUGGAGAAAGAGGAAUCGGGGAAGCUGCGCCUGAAGCUGGAGGAGCAGAGGAAGGAGAUGACGUUUGUGAGGAACAACUUCCUCAAGAAGGUGACCCAAGAGGCCGGCGGUAGAGUUGGCGAAAACCUAGACAGCUGCAUCUUGAAGGAGCUCCAUUGGAAGCUGGACAACGUGGUGAGGAAGCAGAACGAAGCCUUGCAGCUGGUGUCCGAGAUGGAAGAGGAGAACCAUGCCCUGCAGGUUGACCGAACCCUCCCGCCGGAUCCCAGGAGCCCUGGCAAGGACCAACUUGGUCAAGAGAUCUUCUUGGAGGCCUCCGAGGUCAUCGGAGAAAACUGGAGAAUCCGAGAGCAGAUGGUGGAACUGGAGAAAGGCUUGCAGGAGAUGAAGAAGUUGCUGGUUGCGUCUCAAGGGACCCCAGGUGGCGUCAAGGUGGUCAGCCUGAUGCAGCUCCUGGACCGAGUCCUGGCCCAGAUGGCUGAUCUGCGCCAGGAGGAGGAGCAGGUCCUUAGCAAGUAUGAGAAGAUCUGCAGCAUGCUGUCCACCAGGGCCCAGGUCCUAGGGGAGGAGCUGGCGGCCCUCCGGGAGAAAUACGAUGAAGCCAGUGGAGCAUCUGCCCAUCACAGAGAAGCCCUUGACCGUGAACAGCAGAAGACUCAAGAGCUGAUGGCCGAAGCUCUGGAGCACGAGGAGGAAGUGGAAGAGCUGAGAGGGAAGUCCCAGAAGUUGGAGGGCACGGUGGACAAGCUGAAUAAGAAGGUGGACGAUAUCGCCAAGAUGUGCCAGGAGAGAGACGUCAAGAUCAAGAAGCUGCUGAAGGAGACGGAAAAGCUCUCGAGCGAAAUCCUUAACUUGCGCAGCGAACGCACCCGCCUGAUCCUGCAGAACGAGGUUGCCCAAAAGAACCACCAAGAGAUCGUGGCCGUAUACAGGACCCACCUGCUCAAUGCAGCCCAGGGGUACAUGGAUGAGGAGGUCCACGCCAUGCUGUUGAGGAUCCUGAGGACAGACUGAAGUCUGGAAAACUCGGUGCGACAAAACCAGUUCCCAAUUCACCAGGAGCCAGUUCUGAUUUGGGGUAUCGCCCGUUGCACAAGACCGUUGCAGGAAGGGUGCAACUUUGUGAUGCGUGUAAGGCGUGUCCUGCCUUUUGCCAACCGCUGGAAUUACGAAUGCAAAAUGGACCACUGUUUGCAUGAUGUCUGAAUGUCUGCCUCGCUCUUUAGAUGGAGAGCCGGGUUGGGGAAGGGGGGGGGGGCAGAAGGAAAAGCUUCUGCCGUAAGAUUUUGGGGUAUAAGCAGUUGUUGCAAGGGAAUCAGGAAAGACUUGCUCUUCAAUUGAUGGAUGCCAGCAGUAACCACAAAGAGCUGGAGUCAUCAAAUAUUUCUCAUCCCGUAAUUAUUAAAUGUGCAAAUUACCCUGUAAUUUACACCAGCAAUUGGGCAAUGAGAUUUAGAUGGGCUGUUGCAAUUCAUGCAACUAAAAGUAUGUUUCAGAAGAGCUGGAAUGGUCUAGAUCAGCGUGUUUCUCAACCGUGGCUCUUGAAAAAUCUGUAGACUUCAACUCCCAGAAGGCUGGGGAAUUCUGGGAAUUGAAGUCCACACACCUUCAAGGGUUGAGAAACCCUGUCCUAGAUUUUGCAUUGCCAUUCUUUAGGGAUAUUCCUUGCCCCCCCCCAAAUAUCUUCAGUGCUAAGAAAAUAUAAAUAUUGGGGGGUACCCAAAGGUCAUCUAGUCUGAUUUUUACCAAAGAUUGUUAAACCUUUGUUGAGUUAUUAGGAUAUGGGAUUUUUUUUUAAUAAAAGACCAAACAAACAAGAAAACCUUACGAAUAAAAUUA